ACUGUAUUACAAACACAACACACCCUAGAUACUAGGCCUAUCGUCGUCACUGUUUUCCCAACCAGCAGAGCAGGUGGUUGCUGCCUUUACAGUCCCUUCGAACUAAAAACACUAUGCCUAAGUGUCCAAGAUGCACCAAGGAGGUCUACUUUGCUGAGAAAGUAACAUCUCUUGGCAAAGAUUGGCAUAAGAUGUGUCUGAAGUGUAAAUUGUGUAACAAGCUGCUUAGCUCCGGUGGACAUGCACAACAUAAUGGUGAGCCAUAUUGCCAUCAACCUUGUUAUGCAAAAGAAUUUGGACCUACAGGAUUCCGUUCCGGAUCAGCAACUGCUCCCAACAGCUUCUAUAAGAAAUGAUCAGCAUGUCUACCAUUUUAUCGACCGAGGGGCCGCUAUAUGUGUGUGUGGCUUCCUUGUUCCUAGAUAUUGUAAAUAUAGAAUUAUGUUUAGCGUAGUAUAAACUACAAAUUGAAUAUUAUACAAUUUCAACGUUUUGCUCGCCACCUCAACAACCAAGAUUUUUAAUACCUACCAGAUACAGAUGUAUCAAGUGAAAUUUUCAGAAAUCUAAAUUUUGUCUACAGCAGCGUUCCACAAACUUUAGACUGACGAUUCAGUUAGGAAAUUUGAAAUUGAUAUACGACCUACCUAACCCCUUAUUGUACGUUAUGCAACACAUUUCAGUGUAUUUUACCCACCUGGCUUUAUUAUGUUGGGUUUUUUUUCUUACCUAAAUGUGUCAUGAAAUUUUAAAUAAUUAAACACUGAAUAUUCAUUAUUACAAAAUAACAAUGUGUUCAUAUAAUGCCGAUAUAGUGACUGACUACAUCUAGCUGAUUUUUUAUAUCUGUCAAGUUUGUGACCCAUCAAAAUUUAAACCCACUGGUACGUCACAUUAUUCCCAUCAAAGUCACUGCUAAUUAUUUUAUUUAGGACAUAUUUGCUGUUCUGUUAUAUAGAGGCUGCAAUAUUUUUGCUGUAGAAAUAAUGGUUAUUAUUAGAGAAAUAUUUGUUCUGUAAAAAUCUCACCCCACUAAUGUGUAAUUAAGGAUCCCACCAAUACACCAAUAUGGGCCUUGUCAUGCCAAAACCAGCAUCUGUGAGAAAAACAAGAAAAUUAACUUUUAUAUAUAUUCAUAUUCUCCACAUUAUAAGCUUUAAAAUGAUUGGUCAUUACAGGAAUCAACUUACUAUUGCCAAAGUUAUGAGUAAAAGUAUUACAGCUUCUCUGUAUUAUCUAUUCGUGAGUCGCCACCCAUCUCUGUUUUUAAAUGUCAUUUAAGACUCGCUUGUUUCUUUCUCUUUGAUUUCUUUUUUUUCCAUUCCUUGCCAGCUAGCUUUUUUCUAGUUCCAUCAGGAUAGGAGGUGUCUGAGUCCAGGGAUGGCUGAGAUUCAACUGGUGCUGACAGGGUACAUUUUGACAGAUCCCUGCUCAGCGACGAGGGUGUAUCCCACCCAUUUUGGGGGCUAGCUUGGAAUAAUUCUUCUUUCCAUAUUUUUCCAAUUACAUCUGUUCACUUGUGUUUUAACUUAGAGACCCUAGUAUUUUGCAGGGUACAAAUUUAUAACCUUUAACCUUAAAGUAUACAAUACUGCCACAUUCUUAUGCUAAUUACUAACUUUAAUGUUAAUUAGUAAACAGUAUGCUGUUUUUGGAAUGGCAAGCUGCAUGUAUUUGCAAUAUUCCUUGUCAAAUUUUCAACCACGCAAUACCACCAGUUCAAAUGUUUUAACUAUUUAUAUUAUAAGGAAGUACUUUAUAAAUUUUUAAGUAGAUAAUAAAUGGAAGAGAGACUUUUAAAGAUUUGUAUUCAUGUUAAUAAGAACACUUUAGGCUGAAUGACUACAGUUAUGUGAUUCAAACUGAAGAAGUUCCAAUUAACUUGGGAGUUAUAUUUUAAAUGCUACAGUCCGAAACAAAACGUUUUCUUAUUACAUGAUAGACCUUUUAGGAGUGUCGAUCAAACUUAAAAAUUGGCCAAUCAAAACAGGACUAAUGACGAGCUCUAACAACACUGUCAGUAACAUUUGUUGUAGAAAUCUUCAUAUCUUGGACAUAAAUUUAGCCUCAUACUCUGGCACCAAGUAAGCAGCAUAAACAUGCAUGUUCUGUGUUCAUUGAAGAAGUAGAUCUUCUUGGCUAUUAAAUAACACCUUAAACUGUUAACACGUUCACUGCCAGCGACAAGUAUACCCACAUGUUGUUGCUGAGGGCGCUAGGGACGACUAUACUCGUCAAAACUGGUGUAACAUUCUAGCGUAUUACUUCAUUGUUAUACAUUGUAGAACCGCAGACUAGAUGGUUCAGGAAAAAUACACCUAGAUGAUAACAUAUUUGUGUUUGAAUUGUGUUAUGUUGCCGGCAGUACAAAAGAUUGGAGCGCUCUCUGAACAUAAAUCAACCCAUGCAAGAAGCGGAGGAGAAAACUCGCACGUUGCAGGGGCAAUAGAAAUUACUUGUCCAUUGUCAGUGACGAGUUUACUCAUCCCCUAAUAUUUUCCCGCCACUGUUUUGAUGAUAGAGUACGUGACUUGAUACAAAUUUGGCACACAGGGCAAAACCUAAAAAAGGGUCUUGCAGCCAACAUGUUAAGUUUGAUUAACACUUUAUUGUAUUUUUUUAUUUACUGUUGUAUCUGAUAAAAAAUAAUAGAAAAAAAAGCUUGUGCUUGUAGUUAAGUGGUACCUGUCUAUAUACAAAAGGGUUUUAUGUUUUAAAAAUACUGUAUUAUGAAUAAUAUUCAUUGAUUCGGAACUUUCUAAAUUGUGAAUAGAAUACUAUAAUUAUUUUAAAAAUUUUAAAUAUCUUGGUUUGAAAAACUAGACUUUCAAAUGUUUAAUUAUUUAUAUUCAACUUCAAUUUGAAGUUUCAAGUGGAAAUUUCCUGUCAUGAUAUUAUCAGUGGAUUUUCAGAUGAUACGAUCAGAACACGAUACUUAUGCCAUCAAAGAUUAAGUCCAAGUGAUAAUUGAAAAGUACAAGUACAAAGUGUGUUUAAUAUUAUUGAGUUGAUUAUAUCAAGCAGAUGAGAUUUUUCACAAAUAGUCUGUUUUUUUUUUUGUUUUUUUUUCUUUUCAAGAAUUGAAUUGUUAGCCAAAAGAGGUUGUGGUACAAUUUAGAAAUAUUUUUCAGUUAUAAUGCUACAGUAUUUGCUUUUUCUGUCUCUGUAUGGAUGGACAAUGACAGCAUGUCUACAAAGUUUCAAUACAGUAAGUAAUGCAUCUUCCUUGUGCUGUUAAAUUAUAAGCAAACAUUUAUUGUGCACUAUUUAGCGAUCAGGCCAAAUAACAAAAAUUCCUUGUUCCUGUCCCCUCUCUCACCAUUUUUUGGGCCCGCAUCAGUUUUUUUUUGUGUUUUGUUAUUUUUAAAAUUUUGGGGUUUUCUUUACAUCGAAAAUGGAAAAUUUCAAUUGCUGACAAAUUUUAUAGUUUACAAAUGCAUUUUUAAACACAAAGACCAUGAUACAUGAAGAGAAGCAAUGACAAAACUAUUGACAAAUUGUUUACAACACAUUUUGCUACGCAGAGAACAUCUUUUGGCAUAUUUUGACGAACUGUGGAAAAAACAAAUAUCAAAUAAUAAGUGCCUCCCUCACCAACUUUUUGUAAAACCGAGGACAGGAAAGCAAUGAUUUUUUGUUACUUGGCCUUCAUCAUAGCAAAUGUUAAAUAAAUGGGUACUACAAAGGAUUUUGA